UGGCCUCAGGAGCCCUAUAUUAAGAGUGGCCGAGGCAGCCGAGUGAACAUCUUUUGUUGGUUAAUCCUUGCGAGUUUGCGACGUCUGAUCCUCUAGCUUAGCAGCACGAACAUAUUUAUAUAUAUAUAUAUAGAGAGAGAGAGAGAGAGACAGGGGCAUAAGGAAGAGUGCGGCUGAGAAUAGUCUGUACAUAGAGAGUUGGUGAAUGUGCAAAGGCAGAAAAGCAGAAUAAUCAAUAUUAUUCUCUUUCUUUGCCCAGAGAUCAGUGAGAAAGCAGAGGAGGAGAGAAAGUGCAUUUGUUGCAAAAGAGUUGGACGGGGCGAUGGCCGAGCGUAUGAUGAGCCACGGACGUUUCCCGGAGGGGCAUAGCGGGCUCCACGUCCGCCGGAUGAACCUGAACCCUUACCCCCAGCACCAGCACGCCUACAGCGGCUUGAUGAGUGAGCACCCGGCCGCUACCUCCUUGCUGCAUUACCCCGGACCCAGCAACGUGAACUCCUCCAGCGGCGGCUUGAGGCAUGCGCUGGUCCCCGGCAGCAGGCAGGGGGUUCCAGUCGGUCAUCUGAAUAACAUGCCCCCCAACAUCAGGUACACAUCUAGGCAGCAGCAACAACAUCACUCCCAUCCUCCCCAUCCCCAGUAUAUGGGACAAGGAGUGGCUGGGGGCAGCCCUGCAGCGCAGCUUGCGGCCAGCAUGCAUUUACAAAAGCUGACCAACCAGUACUACGGCCACCAGCAGCAACACUACAGCAUGACGGACCUGCAUCCCGCUAGCGCCUUGGGUCACCAACAACAACAGUACAGGGAAGUAAAACAUCAUAGCUCUUCAAUGCCAGCGAGUCACCACAUGUCUGCAACAAUGCUGCCCCCCAAUGCCAUAGACACGGACUUCAUCGACGAAGAGGUCCUCAUGUCCUUGGUGAUUGAACUGGGUUUGGAUCGCAUCAAGGAACUGCCUGAGCUGUGGCUGGGACAGAAUGAGUUCGAUUUCAUGACUGACUUUAUUUGUAAACAGCAAACCAGUCGGGUGAGCUGCUGAGAGAGUGUGUACUGAAAAGGAUUCUGGAAAGGAAAAACAACGCAAAAAAAGACUUCCAUCUACUGAACUCAGAAAGAUUUAUUCUUUGCAACGCGAGAGAGAGUGCGAGAAAUAAUCUGUUGUUUUUAGAUUUUAAAUAUCCAUUCAUCAACUGAGUGACUUUUUUUUGUUUAAAUCAUGUUGUUUGAUAACUCCUUCACUGCACAUGUAACCACUCUGUACAUGUAACUUUCAAUGUCUUUAGUGGCCUGUUAAAUGUUCAUUUUUAAUUUAAAAAAAAACAAAAGAAAACCGAAACAAACCGUUCAGAAAACAGUGGAGCACCCGCAAGCAGAAAAUUUGAUCACACCAUCUGGGUGUUUUAUUUUGAAUGAAGCACAUUUUAUUUUGAAAGAGAAAUGUAUGGGUUAACUUUUUUUUGAAGCAGAAUUGUUCUGAGGAGAGAGAGGGAGUGAGAAAAAUCUGUUAUGUUUUCCUCAAAAGCAUUGUGAAGACAGUUAAAGGAAUUAUAUAAUCACCAUUCUUUUUGUUCUCACCUACCAACACUAACACAAAAACAGUCAUUUUAGUUUUGAGUGAUGUGUGGUAUGAUGAUGUAUGUAUCAGUUUGAUUCAUUCAGUUUUCAAAGAGUUGCAGUGAUUUACCACCCCCCCAAUCCCACCCACAACCACCCCCCACCCCAGGACUGUAACUUAAAACCAGGGACAGUAGUCUUAACACAAAAGAUUUAACAUUCCUCCAGCCUUGACGAGAUCUUCAUGACUGCGUCACCUUCCCACCCACCCCCCUCCUGCCAGCCUCUGUCUCUCAAAUGUUUGGACAUUGCAGGGUGGAACGUGUACGCAUGUGUUUGUGUGCAUGUUUGUGUCUGUGUGUGCGACUAAAGCAUUUCUCAAAAGGUGGUUACAUUCUCUUUUUUUAAAAAAAAACAGUUCAUUUGUUUGCUGUUUACUUGCCACUACAAUGCCAAUUUAUCGUUUACAUGAUAGUCUGUGUUGAAGCCAUUUUUUUUGGAAGGGGAGGGAAACGAAAAAAAAAUGGACAGUAUUUUUUUACAAACUUAAAUAUUGCUGCAGAAAUGUGUGUUUUCUUAAUUUAUUAUUCAAUGCUUCAUUUAUUUUGAGAAGGUUAUAAUAAAGACCCUGGAGAUUACAGUAACUGUAAA